AUGGCAUCUCCGGGCUCUUUUCCGACCUUGGAGUCGCUGCAUUUCCCGUCUGCACAGACAUCCAUAUCGCAGACGCUUUCUUCUCUCCGACGUUCCGCCUUGUCCGUCUCAAAUCGGCUCCAGUCUAUUGAAACGGAUGCCGUGUUUGUGCAGGAGGUCGCGGAACAUUACAAUCUGCCCCUCGUCGCGAAUGAACGCUGUGGUAGUUGGUAUAUUGACCCGGAGGGCAAGGCGGGCAGUGCCUAUUUCAAGAGUACGGAUGGCCAUACGGGACAAUGGGAUUUCAGCUUUCGUAGACUCAAUCUACAGCUGCUCGCAUUGGCGAAUCAAUAUGGCGGGUGUGUAAUCGUCGACUCCACCCGCCGUGGUAAACUGAUGCCGGAUGCCUUAUCCAAAACCAUCCCUAUCUGGUGUGCAGUACUCAACCGGGCCUUGUUCCCGACGCAAACGGACUAUCACGCCGUCGUUUUGCCCCCCAACUACCUCGGGGAAUCGGAGGAGUCGCAGAUUGUAAAUCGGAUUGAUGGUUUUGUCCAUUCGCUCCAGAGUCUCAAGCUUGACCUCGAUACUUUACGGCAGCAACUCGGCAAACCCAUGCGAGUCGCCUGGGCUAAUCGCUCAUACUUCCAUCCAACAGACCUGCACAAGAGUCCCGAGUAUCACCUGCUAGUGCUAUGCUCUGCAUCAAAGCGCGUGCAUGGCGCGGAAAUGUCGGAGGGCGGGUACAUCCAGGGUGCCGGUGAUGACAGCGAGGCAUGGGCGCACGGGCUAACGCCGCCAGUGUUCUGGGCGAACCGACUUCUUCUCAAACGGACGGCCGAGGAGGAUUUGCCCGGUGUGAUUGCGGAGUUGGUGGGGGAGUAUACGCGCCAGAAUACUGACAACAAAGCAACCGUCAUUUCGCCGACUCGGAAUUUGUAUAUCAGUCAGACUGAUGCACGUGUCGAUGUUGGUGCACAGUAUGACCUCAUCAUCGACUGUAAUGGUGACCCUGCCCCUGCGGUGGAAAAUCUAAAGCGUCUGAAUCUGGGUUGUGCGUCGGCCAAGCUAGGUAGUCGGGACCUGCGGAAGUCGUUGGAUAAAGUGCGAGACUUUGUCGCCGCACAACUUGGCUCUGAUCCGUCGCGGUCGUUGCUGGUGACUUGUGAUACGGGCAAAGAUCUUUCGGCGGGGGCGUUGUUGGCGAUUAUCUGCCUGUUCUACACUGAAGAUGGAACCUUCGAUGCCUCGCUAGCCAAGCGCUCGAUCAGCAAGCAGUUUAUCCGACAGCGUCUUGCAUGGAUCGUCUCGUCUAAACAUGACGUGAAUCCGUCUCGUUCGACGCUGCAGUCGGUAAACGCCUUUCUGAUGCAGCCGCCGGAUUAUUGA